GAAAAUUUUUAUUAAAGUAUUUGCGCUCAAUAUUUAAGAAACAAAAGGCUAAACGGAACCAAGAAAAAAUAAUAAUUGCUGCUAUAAAACACCCAAAUGCAAGAAAUGAUAAAUAAAGUAGUGUCUAAUAGAGUAAAUUGGUUUUAACAUCAAAACCAAUAGAUUUGAAAGAAUGACAUUUAUAAAGACCGUUUCAUCAAGAUUGUGCCGACAAUUUCGUAAAGUUGUCUGGAACAGGCGGAAAUAUGGAACCGAAAUCCGCAACAUUGGUAUUAUGGCUCAUAUAGAUGCAGGGAAAACUACAACAACAGAACGAAUGUUGUUCUACUCGGGCUAUAUUAAGAAAAUGGGUGAUAUCGACAGUGGUAACACUGUAAUGGACUACCUGCCAAGUGAAAUUGAGCGUGGCAUCACUGUACAAAGUGCAGCGAUAUCCUUUCAUUGGAACGAGGCACAAAUCAAUUUAAUUGACACACCAGGGCACGUGGAUUUCACAAUAGAAGUGGAAAGAUCAUUGCGUGUUUUAGAUGGAGCAGUUGCAAUCUUUGACGCUUCUCGUGGCGUAGAAGCUCAGUCUCGCACAGUUUGGAUGCAAGCUGAUAAUCAUAAUAUACCUCGUCUUGCAUUCAUAAACAAGAUGGAUAAAACGGAAGCAAGUUUCACGAAUUCUGUCGAUUCUUUAAAACGUCGAUUAAAAGCCAACACAUUGAUAUUACAGCUGCCUGUGAUCCAGGAUUGCCAAUACAUUGGUGUUGUGGAUCUUAUUACAAUGGAAAGAAUGGAAUGGGACAUGAACGUUGUGAAUCCAAAUCAACAUGGAAGAAAAUAUAACAAACAUAAACUCACUAGAACUGAUGAAGGGUGGGGCAAUAUGGUAGCAGCAAGGACAAGUAUAAUUGAACAACUUUCAGAUAUUUAUGAUGAAGUUGCAUUGUUGUGGUUGGAUGGAGAAAAUGCCGGCAAUGCUGAAAAAUUUCCAACCGUUGAACUAAAGAAGUGGAUAAGACAAGGGACGUUAGAUCAAACGAUUGUUCCUGUUUUAUGCGGAAGCUCAUUUAAAAAUAUUGGGAUUCAACCACUUCUUGACGCAGUUGUGGAUUAUCUGCCUAGACCUGAGCAGAUACAACACUCAUUCCUGCAAUAUUACAACGAUACAUUAUCUGCAAUGGCAUUCAAAGUUCUUCACGAUAAACGACUUGGUUCAAUAAUAUUUGUUCGGGUGUAUUCCGGUCAUCUACGAAGUGGGGGAACAAUUUAUAAUGUUAACAAACAAUCAGAAGAAAAAAUUGGCAGACUGAUGUCAGUAUAUGCUGAUGAAUACAAAGACACAAAGCAAAUUGAAGCUGGUAACAUUGCUGUUAUAUCUGGAUUUCAAAACACAGUGACUGGAGAUACACUGGUGGAGUCUAAAGAAGCUUUUGAAGCUGCUGUUAAUAAAGCAAACGUGUUGCAUCGACAACAGGAUGAUGAAAGUAGUUCUGAUGUUUCCCCAGUUGUCUUGGCUGCUGUGAAAAUACCUGAACCAGUUUUCUUUUGCUCUGUUGAAGUCUACAGUCCUACACAGGAAAAAGCAUUGAGGCACGCUCUGGAUGUUCUGUGUCGGGAAGAUCCAUCUGUAAGAGCAACAAUUGAUGACGGAGGAUCCAUCAUGUUAUCAGGGAUGGGAGAACUACAUAUGGAAAUAAUAUCUGAGAGAAUUAAAACUGAAUUUAAAGUGGAUGCUUACUUUGGUCCAAUCCAAGUCGCGUACAGAGAAUGUCCAUCUGUACAAGCAACACAUAAAGCAGCCUAUAAACGUACUAUCCUGGACAGCAAUUAUGAAAUUGAAAUCGGAAUUCAAAUUUCUCCAUCAGCUGAAGCUGGCACUGUUACAGAUCCAAGUCAGGUUCUUAAACCCCUUUAUAACCCAGAACUCUGCCAUUCUGCUGCUCUGGGAGUUGUGCAGGCUUUCCAACAAGGGAAUUUGUUGGGUUACCCGGUCAUGAGCGCCACAGUUCAAUUAUUGGCAGUGCGAGCAAAACGUGGGUGUCCUCCUGGUUUAGUAACAGCUACUGCCAUUAAAUGCACAAGGGAAGCUCUGGAUAAAGCUGCCUGUGACCUGCUGGAACCGGUUAUGAACAUAGAGAUCACAACAAGAGGGGAGAACUUGCUACAGAACAUACUUGGUGACUUAGCCAAGCGACAAGCUAAAGUUCAUAAUAUUGAAAGCUCAGACAAUGAAGGAAAUAUGAAAAUUGUGGCAGAAGCCCCAGUGUCUGAAAUGAAGGGAUACGCUUCACGUUUACGAAGUUCUACAUCGGGCAAUGCAGAUUUAUCUUUACAAAUAAGUGGAUACCAAGUUGUAUCCGAAGAAAGAAAACAUCAUUUAAAAAAUUUAAUGAGAAAUUUUGGUUCCUGAGAAUUGAAAAAUUUAUAAGAAAUUUUGGUUUCUCAUAGAAAAUAUUUAGAAUAUCUGUUCUAUAACCAAUGAGGACAAAAGUAGUGCAAUUGAACAUACAUUUAUCUCAACAUGGUAUGUUAAGCUUAUUUCACCGAAACAGUUUAGAUAUAAUACUUUUAAUUUCACAAAAUUCACCCAAAACAAAAAUACACUCAGAGAGCACAGUGCAACAAGUGAAAUGUGUGUGAUAUCGCCUUUGAAAGCAAUAUGAAGAAAACAAUACAAAAAAUGUGAA